GUCACAGCCCUCUUGGUGUCUUGGUCGUUUGCAGCGAUUUUGCCCAUCGUUCCACUGCGACACUUAUAUUUUUGGUCUUUGGUGCCUUCACACAAUAGCCAACUCAGUAUCAUUCGUGGCCCGUGAUUCGUUGUUCUGCUCUUGUUGAGGACUUGAGAGGGGUUCGUGGACGGGGCAAUUAAGUCCAAAACUGAAGAAGUGCAUGUCAAACCACUUCAACUAGUUAUGCGACUACCAUCUCUUUGGCACGAGAUACUGCUGGUAUGCAUUGUUGGUGGCUUUUCAGGGCGCAAACGACCACGCUUUGCUCUCUUUUGGAACAAGAUCGUCUCAGAGGAUCAGGGUGCGUUGCUGAUGAGUAUGAGGAUUGAAUAUCUAUCUCAUGCUCAAGGCUACGUAGCGGAGAGCUUGCAAACCAUCCCCAGGCGUCUGAGGAGGUGUGGACGCAGCUACUCCUCACUGACUGCACCACAGAGAUGUAGUGUUAUGUGCCAGCAGAUCACGAGCUUGACAGGGUCCUGCUUGAACUCUCAAGGCCGCUAUGAGCUAUUGGGAGUACCUACAGUGUGAACGGGCUCAGUCAAUUCAAUUUUAUGACUACGUACUUUACAGUACAGGCCUUGUCCCGCUUUUGGCUAUAAGGACGAACUAUGCCAUGGCCUGACAAUAACAAGCUUAGAUAUGGAUGGGCGAGGCUUCAGGGCCAACAAAAAUACACACACGCAUACGCUAAUUCUUUCCC